AUGGGUGUCAACCCACAAGGCUUAAAAACCUCGUUCCUGCGUAUCAUUACUAACUACUUUGAUGCGUAUGUGUCCUACGACGACGUGUCCUACGACGACGUGUCCCGCGACGACGUGUCCCACGACGACGUGUCCCACGACGACGUGUCCCACGACGACGUGUCCCGCGACGACGUGUCCCACGACGACGUGUCCCACGACGACGUGUCCCGCGACGACGUGUCCCACGACGACGUGUCCCACGACGACGUGUCCCGCGACGACGUGUCCCGCGACGACGUGUCCCACGACGACGUGUCCCACGACGACGUGUCCCGCGACGACGUGUCCCACGACGACGUGUCCCACGACGACGUGUCCCGCGACGACGUGUCCCACGACGACGUGUCCCACGACGACGUGUCCCGCGACGACGUGUCCCACGACGACGUGUCCCGCGACGACGUGUCCCGCGACGACGUGUCCCACGACGACGUGUCCCGCGACGACGUGUCCCACGACGACGUGUCCCGCGACGACGUGUCCCACGACGACGUGUCCCGCGACGACGUGUCCCGCGACGACGUGUCCCACGACGACGUGUCCCGCGACGACGUGUUCCACAACGACUACAUAACCCGAAGCAAUUUCCUUCACUCGUCACAAGUCUUAGUUUUAUUUAACACGAACAAAAAUAUUAAAUCAAAAUUUGCCUAUAAAACUUUUCCAUAA